AUGAAACCAAGUGAAAACAUGGAACAUAAUUCCUUUGACAAGAAAAAAAGCAGAAAAUUACAAUCAAUUUUAAAGACUAGCGCUGAUAAUGAAGAAAAAAUGCGACAACAUCCACAAUUAGGCGAAGCAAGCAAGUUUUAUUUUGCAUGCAGAAACGGAGACAUUGAUACAGUCAAACAAAUUUUACCUACUAUUUCUUAUGAUCGAUUAAAUCAAUUAGAACCUAAUGGAAGUACUCCACUUCAUGCUGCAACAUACUUUGGCCAUUUAGAAAUUGUUCGUCUACUUCUACAUGAAUAUGGUUGUCCACGUCACCGAAAAAAUCUUCAUGGCUUAACAGCAUAUGAAGAAGCACAAACAGACGAAAUGAAACAACUCUAUCACCGACCAUUAGAAAAAAAUCGAUUCUUUGACGAAUCAAACAGUGUGAAACGAACAUUUCAAAUUGUUUCAUUAUUUCCAGAUAAAACUGAAUUAGACGACCAUGAAAAUGAUGAUCAUAAUGGCAAUUGUGAUGAUGAUGAUGAUGAUGAUGGUGUUGCUAAACCGAACAAAAAAUGGCUUACUGGUUAUCAGACAAAUGAAGAAAUAAAAAAACAAUUAGAUGGUCUUAGUGGCGCAAAAGCGUUGCUUCAAUCGCGAGUAGGACGACUCAUCAUGAAAAAAUCUAUGAAACAUAGAAUUUGCAAAGAGGACUGUGAAUAUGGUGAAGAGGAAUAUGCAUAUGUUGCAAAUCAGAGAUUUGAACAACACGCUUUGAAAAAAUUGUUAGACGAACAGGUUACUCCUGACCAUCCUGAAUAUAAACAUUGUUGUUUCCUACUUAAUGAAUAUAUUCAACAAGGUACAGUUGAAUCCUUAUUGACGCUCUAUUCAAUAGAAACACCAUUUUAUCAACAAUUUUGGACAAACACCAACCCAUUAGCAUUUCCAUUGUUCAAGCAUCUUUCAGAUUUAAAACAACGUCAUUUUCAAGGAAAAUCUUAUCGGGGCAUUAGUAUGACGCAUGAUGAAUUAUGUGAAUAUCGAUGGGGAUUGAAAAAUAAUGACAGUGUCAUAUCAACAGCAACGUUUGCAUCAACAUCUGUUAUUCGGUCUGUAGCUGAAGAUUUCGCUGCUCAGGCUUCAUCUUCACCAGUCAAAGUAAAUGUUUUACUAAUAUUUCAUUUUCCACAACCAUGCGAUACAGCAAUUCGCUUAAGUAAAAUACCUGAAUAUGGUCUACCGUGUAUAUCGAAUUUUGAAAACGAACAUGAAGUAUUGGUUGGUCCACGAACAUUUUUCAAAGUGAAGCAAAUAGAAACCAGUGUACCGAAUGAACAACGUAUAAUUUAUCUAGAAAAUAUAUGUGGCGAACAGAAAAGCAUAUUGAAAACGAUCAAAUUUUUCUUGAAACAAGAUCUAAUUAAACGACUUCAUCGUUGA